AAAUUACUUGUGUGGAGUGUUACAUACAACGUAACGCAUGUGUUAAAUGCAUAACAUAUGAUAAGCUUCAUGUUUUAGAUGCAAAAUCUCUAACUUGAAGUUCCGCCGUUUCUCCUCCUCGCCACUAGGUGUCCCCACAUUUUCAUCGACGAGCACAACUCGGUCACUUCCGGUCGUGAACAAACGAACAGGCAGCCAGCGCCGCACACGUGAAAAAGAGAUCAUCCAAAACAGACAGCUGAUACAAGAUGGACAUCACAGAGGUUCCCGUGAAUCAGGACAGUAAAGUUAAGAAAAAGAAGAAUAAGAAGCCGAAGAAGAAGAGUGUGAGUCAGGAGGAAAAUGGAGAAGGCAGCGGAGUCGAGAAGAAGGUGGAGGAGAAGAUGGAGAAGAGCGAGUCAGGAGCUGCCUUUCCCCCCAGCUUCAGUGUGUCCGAAAUCAAGAAUAAACAGCGAAGACAUCUCAUGUUCAUGAAAUUCAAGCAAGAGAAAAGAAAGCAAAAGAUGCAGCUGAAGAAAAAGAAGAAAAAAGAAAGGGAAGCUCUGGGUGACAAGGCACCGCCAAAAGAGGUCCCAAAGACAAUAGAAAACCAGAGGGUGUAUGACGAGACAAUAGUUGACCCAGAAGAUGAAGAGAUUGCAUUUGACGAGGGAACUGAUGAAUUUUCUGCCUACUUCAACGGUCUGACGAACCCCAAAGUGCUCAUCACAACAUCAGACAGACCAAGAGGGAGGACGGUGAGGUUUUGUGAGCAGCUGGCCACAGUAAUCCCAAACGCCCACGUGUACUACAGAAGAGGUUUGGCCCUGAAGAGGGUCAUUCCUCAGUGCAUCGCCAGGAACUUCACCUACCUCAUGGUCAUCAACGAGGAUCGCAAAAUGCCCAAUGGUUUGGUUCUCUGUCAUCUACCUGACGGGCCGACUGCACACUUCAAGGUCAGCAGCGUUCGACUACGUAAGGAGAUGAAGAGACGAGGCAAAGAUCCAACUGAACACUUUCCGGAGGUAAUCCUCAACAACUUCACCACACGUCUGGGCCACAGCAUCGGCCGGCUGUUUGCCGCUCUCUUUCCACAAGACCCUCAGUUUGUGGGUCGACAGGUCGCCACCUUCCACAACCAGAGAGACUUCAUCUUUUUCAGAUUCCACAGGUACAUCUUCAAGAAUGAGAAGAAAGUUGGUAUUCAAGAGCUGGGACCUCGCUUUACCCUCAAACUCCGCUCUCUACAGAAAGGCACCUUUGACUCAAAGUUCGGGGAGUACGAGUGGGUCCUGAAGCGGCAUGAGAUGGAUGCCUGCAGACGGAAGUUCCAGCUUUGAAUACAAAAUAACAACCAGCUUUUGUGGUCAGACAAGGACGACCUUCUGACCGUCUAUCAUCCAAGUUAUUACUGCUGUUUGUGGCUUUGCACAAAUGGACUUUAUAGUGGAUAUACAGAUUCUUUGUGGACGACCAGUGGCAACCCUUUUCCUUUCAACAUAAUUUGAGGUUCAACGCUGACUGGAUUUUACGAGAUCACGUCGCUGUAGAUUCACACACACCCUGAAAACGACUUCUGUAAAGCUACUUCUGCAGUCUUUUCUGGAAACCAAGUGUGGGACAGGAGCCUGUACCUCAUGACAAGGACUUCUGGGAGACACCAGAGAGGAGACAUGCAGGCACUCCACAUGAAUCCCAAUAACCUGAAAUUUCUGACCUGCAAGUGUUUGUGAAAGUUGUAUUAGCAGAUGUGCAGAUCCUAUCAAAUUUAUCUCCACAUUACUGUAUGAAUGUGGCCCAAAAUGAAUCAGAACGUAAUUGUAAGCCUUCUCUGGUCACAGUCUGUCAUGCAGACGUUACACCCCUUACAUACUGUGGUCCUCUCAAAUGAUAUAAGGAGCAGUGUAUUAAGUGCAACAGUAGCCACUAUCUGGAAAUGGGUAAGUGCUUCAAAUUGUGUCUACAGUGCAGCUGCUUUUAUAUGUGACAGGACUUGCAAAAUAAUUAUGGAUGACAUAUUGAGCACAUUUCACAGAUUUCUAAAUGUGUAUAUACUCAUUUUAAUAAAACAUGUGGCUCCAAGUUUAAAA